AUGGAAUUGUUAGAAAUGGUUUUAUACAUGGGCAAUUUACUGGCCACCACUCCCACCAAACCACCAGGAAAAAUUUAUCCUUCAGUUGUGCUAACUUUUUUCGUGGUGAACGUAGCAGCGGCCACCAUUUUCAAGAAAUCUGAUUACAUGAGUAUGAUCCACGUCAAAUUCGUAAUCGCCGUAUUAAUGGACUCCACUUUGUUCAUUUUCAAUUUAAUCGUAAUAAUAAUCCCGGCUUUUUGGAAAAGGAAAGAAUGGUCCAAACUUGUCAAAAUAUUAACAAAAUUGCGCUCACUACAAGACAAAAAAUCAUCAUCUGUGUAUUUCAUUCUCAUCCAAAUAAUUUUCUGGGCUAUUACUUUGUACGACACUUACGCAUGGACCAUGAUCAUGGAAUUCGAAUUUCUAAAACAAUACGGAGUAGAAAUCCUACAAUCGUUUCUUUUGUUCCACCACCAGUGCUUACUUCACGUCGCUAUUAACAUAGUCCUUGACGGCUACAAAGACGUUAUCACCAAAUUUUACACCAUCGAACUAUUAAAUAAAGAAAGCGCGAAAAUAAUUAAACACAAAUUGGGUUUGCUACAAGUGUGUGUUCGACUCUUCAGUGAAGUGUUCGGCUGGCCUUUUCUUUUAAUUAUCGUGUACACAAGCUUGCAGAUGUUAAAUUAUUUCGACGAUAGUUUUGAAAACGGGUUUUUGUACGACGAAAACGAAUACGACGAAGUAAUUAUUUCUAACGGUUACACGGUUUUUUUGAUCUGGUUGUGGGACUCGGUUUUAGCAGAAGUCGACAAGAUCCAGCACUUUUGCAGAAACGUUACUGACGUGCUCCAAACGAACUAUUUUGUUAUUAUCAGCAAGGGUAUUGUCAAUAAUUGCCCGAAAUUAUCAGUGGCUGAUUUUUUUUACGUGGAUAGAGCGCUUAUUUUUAAUAUGUUUAGCGUCACUUUUACUUUUUUGAUAGUCAUGAUUCAGUUUAAAGAGCGUGCUAAUUUAAGUAGUUAUGAAUAUUUGAACCAAUAA